GAGCACCCUAUCGUGAGCAAAACAACAGACACAGAUAUGAAUGAUAUUGAAUAGGUCCACAAUCACCAAAUAUAGUAAAUACCCUUUUUUUUCUUUCAUCUCCUAGGGUAUUAAAAUUACUCUUGUAUGAUUACAUCUUGCUUCCUCCUAAAAAUGAAUUAACAACAAAGAAACAAAAUUGCUAUUGCCUGCCACGAGAUCUACAAGGCAGCUUUCCCAAAAGAAUUUGGUUGCCAAAUUAGCUUUUCUGCUUUCACUUUGAAGUAUGAUCUUGUACAGCAUGACCUCGACCAAAAAAAAAAGAAUAAAUGAUUAAAAUAGCAUGUACGGACUGCAUAGCUAGAUAUUAGCAUAUAAAUGUGCAUAUCCAAUACUUAUAAUUAAAUCAGUACUAUAUUUGGAGCAGAGCUAUAUGCAUCAAUAUUUAAUAUAAUCUGUUUUUACCUGGAGCAAUAAAAUCAUAGGGCGUAUAUCAUCCCUUCCGGUAGCUCAAUUCAUAAUUACGAUUCCAAUUAUUCAAAAUAGGAAGAAAGAAACAAAGAAAGAACAAAGCACAUGCAGGAAGGCUGCUUUAGUUAAUGGGAUAUCAUUAGCAUUUAAUCCAGUGUAUAGACUGUGCUACAGAAACCUAAGCAGAAUGAAUCAUGACCCUCUUCCCAGCUUGCCUUUCCAUCAAAGCUGAGGGAGAAGGGGAACAGUAAGAGAAGGUAUUAUAAAUUUGAGCUGCUAAACAUGGAUAGGUCCGGGAAUUGAUUUUAAAGCACUCUAGAAGUUCAAGUCUCUGCAAUAAAAAUCAUGUUAUAGGUGGUGUAAAAAUAUGAGCCUCUUGGAACCUGCCGUAGAAAAAUGCAUACAUAGAAUGUUGUAACAUAUGUUGCAUGUGUGGAACUGAAUUUGUAUGCACUUAACAUUCAGUCAAAGUAUUACUGAACUGAGAAUCAUAAUUAAUGAAGCAAUCCAACAGUGUGUGUUUGGAUGUUAUAAACUUCAGUAUUUUCUAUAGUUUGAAGAAAUCAUAUUGUGGGAAGUACAUUAAAGUUUUAUAAAAUUAAUUUAGCAAUUCUACAGUGCCCUUCCUACAUAAUAUUUAUGAAGCAAUCCCAGUGUCCUUCCUGCAAUAUAGUUUGAAUAUCAGCAUAGUAUUGAAUUCAAUGUACUAAAUUAAUCGGUACCACAUAUCUAAGUAUUUCAUGAGAACCCACACAAUAACUUUGCGAAAUAUGUACAAUGUGUUUAAUUAGCGAAAGCACAUGUAAACAUAUAUCUUUAGUGCGAAUUUUAUUAAAUCAAUUGUCUGUAAGCUAAAGAGCUAUCAUUGGUUUCAAAACUGAAGUUGUUAGACUGCAUGUAUGGAUAUAGAAGAUCAUGGAAAAAUAGUCAUAUUGUAGGUAGUCCUGCCUCAUUAGUUUCCACCCAUGAAAGUCCCAUCACACCACUCAGUUAUUACCCUAACAAACAACACACAUGAUUGAGACUACAAAUUGAUUGAUGGAGGAGGCAACAGGAUUAAAGCUUUGGGUGCUUCGAAUGCACAUGAUUAAAUAAUGGAAUGGGUUAUGCUUCAUUAGAAGACUGAACCUCAAUACUUUUCUUAAUUAUACACCAGCGAAUUUUGUUUUCCUUUGCCAUCUUAAGUAGAUGUAUAAAUGGCCUCGAAAAGCAUUUAUCAUUAAAUAAGAGGUCAUCAUUUAAGCUAUUUGCACUGACUUUACUAAGUAAUUAUUAUAUUUGACACUGAUUCAGUUACAUGGCCUUCUGUAACAAGCUACAUAGAGCUUUGUUAAGUCUUACUUAUUAAUUAAUUUACAUGGCAGAACUUAAAUCUUUCAAGCAUUUAUGAGAUCAAGUAAUUCAGCAUACUGAAAAAAUUAACCUGUGUUGAAGUUUUUGGCGCAUGAAAUUCCAGCCCUGCUGGUUAAGUUUGUACAAAUUUUGCUUGGAUUGUUUACACUGAAAAUAACAGUGCAAGCAAUGGACAAUAAUUUUGUUGGAGGUGAUGUCAUUCCAAAUUAUUUAGAAUCUUUCUGAUUGUCUUUUUGUGAAUGAGUGCUUAGUUUUACGAUGCCUGCAUUUUUUUUUUUUUGUGUUUUAUAUUCGGCAAGGCAUCGAUUGGUUGCAUGUUUAUAUUCAGCUGCUUGCAAUUUGCGUGUAUGGGUCACUUUCUCUUAUUGUGCUGAAAUUUUUCACUCUCUUAUUGUGCUGAAAAAUUUUCAGCACCCGUGGACACAAACCUAGUCUCUUCCGAUUCCGAUUCCUCGAUCUUGGUUUGGUGCUCCCCCAAGAAGAUGGAUCCAGCAACGACAUCGGUUUCCUCACCUCGCAAUGGCGAUGAAACAGAAUUGGAGCAACUAUCGUCUGAUCUACAGGCGCUCAAGAGACUGUACGGGCUGCUUCACAAGGGUUCCGCAAAUGAAGAUUUAGAUGAGGCAUCCAGGGCUCUACUGAUGAAGAUGCUAGAUGAUGCUACCCAGCAGACUCUCCUGAAGCAGGCAAAGAUAAUAUCAGGUUCUCUUAUGUCUCCUGCACUGGAGAGGAAGCUCUCCAUCCGAUCAGAUCGCCAGACAUGCGACGGUGAGCCACCCAUGAGCUUGAGACCACCGGCGUCGCCCAGCCCCCCCAGUCUCUUGGCAGGCGAGCGACCCAACCGGCUUAACCCGCAGUAUUCAACAGUGUCAAGCCGAGCUGGUGGCCACGUCCAUGACGGUCCCCUUGCAGCGGAAGAGCUCGUCCUUGCCCGCCUCGCCUCCUACCGCUCGUCGAGGACUACUGCAUCUGCAUUGCCACCACGACACCGUCCAAGUGGAAAGCAGCAGAAUUCCGGCCUCAGCCUCUACCGCUUACCCGUAGCUGCGACGUCGCGACAGGGCACGGUGACGGGACAUGUUCAGAACACCGACCAACGGGACACGGCGCGUCGCACCUCCAGGCGUGCUAACCAAACGUUGCUUGAGGCUAGCAGCAGCCGUGGCUCAGAGCGAGCCGGACGCGGCAUGGCUGUGACAUCGCAACAUGGCACGGUGAUUGGAAGCAAUCCGCAAGCCGAACAACGGGACAGGACGCGUCGCACCUUCGUUCGUGAUGACCAGUCGUCACCGGAGGGCAGCAACAGGCGCCGCUCCGUGUCACCGGAGAUGUCUCUGGGUCGGAAACGGCUGCAAGGCCGCGGCACAGGUCGGCGCGUGGUAGCGGAGAGCUCCUCCUCGACGUGUCCUUUGGGAAGACUAGACUCCAGGCUGUCCCUGGGCACGGUGUCACGCUAUGGCUCGGAGCGAGCUGGGCGUGGCAUGGCUACGCCGGAACAAUCUUCCUCGAGCAACACGAUGGUCACCAUACAUAGUCGCAUCAGGUCGAAUCGGGACCCCAAGGAGCACCGCCUGCACCGAGCUGAAGAUGAUGAUGAAGAGAGUACUCCUUGGCGCCGGAACACGGACGCUUCUGCUUCCAGCGCGAGCUUGUCAAGGCGCAAGCCACGGCGAACACCGAAACGCGUCGACUCCGGCAGCAUGUACAUCAGCAGCCACAACAGCAAUAGCUCGUCAGGCGCCGCCAUUUCGUACCAUUCCAUGAGCCCUACGGUGUUGCCGGAGUCAAGCGCUUCUGCUUCCUACUCACCACCGCCGGUGUCGCGGCCGGGUAUUGCAUCGCCUUUGUCGUGGCAGGGUAUUGCCCCGCCGAUGCCGUGGCGAGGGAUCGCGCCGCCGAAGUAUGCGCCUCAGGUGACGAGAUCGAUGAGGCGCUGCCGCCAGGAAGUCCUGGCGAAGCGGGUGGAGCGGCUGCGGAUGCUUAAGAACAAGAUCGCUACGGUGUUCCACCACCACUACCACUACGGGCACGACCAGGAGGGCCCGUCAGCCCGUCGCAUUCCUGGCGAACAACACCACAUGUCGCUAUGGAAGUAUCUCGGGGGAAUGCUCCACCGCACGAAAGGCCAGGAUAAGAAGUCCACGAGCCGAGCGGUGGUGAACACGCCGGGAAAGAGGCCUGGCGGCGGCGGCGGGAACAUGCACUUGUUAUUCGUCGCUAUGCGGCGGCACUUGCGGGCCAAGCGGAAGGCACCGGCAAGUGUCAAUAUGUGGAGGAAGAGUGCCAACCGGAGUCGGGUGCAAGCUAAGAAGAUGCAUUGGUGGCAGCGGCUUGAGCCACGGCGCGGCAGGGCAGGGGUGCUGGCGGGCAGUAAACUACGGCGCCGCCUAGGACGUUGAAUGUAGUUGUACUGUGUUCACAUUGUAGUUGUUGUCAUUGUUAUUGUGUGCUUUAAAGAUCAGGAACAGACCGCAAUGUUUUAGUUGGACCUAUUAUACAGAAACAGCAUUUUUCAAUUCAAUUCCAUAAUUGAAACAAGUAACCUGCAAACAGUUCUCACUUUUUCUGUGCACUGUGUUCACAUGGAUUACAGUUCAGAUGUCUUCAUAUUGCUGUUUGUCUCUUUACAUUUUUAGUAUUUGAAACUGUUGUCUUUAGUGCUUUGUUCUGUAUUUAUAUUUGUUUGUAAUGAUUGCAAGGACCAAUCUUUUAAAAGGACCUUUUCUUUCUGCAGGAAAACAAUUUCUUUUUGCUACAGCGGGAGACUGAGAAACUUCGUGGAGAUAUUGAUGAGGAGUGUGCUGAAGUAUUUAAGUUCAACUAUUUAUAUCAUGAAUUUGAAUGAGCAUACUCGGUGAAUGAUUCCUUGUGUUAAACAUGUAUGAGAUUGACAAGGUCACUGCAGGGCAGCGGUUGGAUCUGAACCUUGAAAGAGGUUGCUUGGUAACCAUGGCCGGCUUGAGAAGCGAGCUCCUGGGAAGGUUUUCCUUGAGGCCGUUACUUAAGUUGCCAAGACUCUACAGCAGGAAUGCCAUUCCAGACAUUUUGUUUUUAGUCUAUCGUAAUCUGCUUUGUGGAACUUGAAUUCCAAGUGUUUGUGUGGCAUUACAGUGCCUUAUCUGAACUUACCUAUCUUGUUAAACAUCGUUAUGUAUGGGAUUCCAAGUGUCGUGUAGUUUUAUUGUUCCCGUAAUGGUGUGGUAGUAUUGUCA